CGCCCGCCCCCCCCCGCGCGCGCCACCAUGGACGACAAGACGAACCGCGUCAAGGCCGGGCCGUUGAUGCUCACCGCGGACGUGAAGAACGUCGUCGCGGGGCUCAAGGUCACGAAGGGCCUUGAGCACAAGCCGCUGAACGCGACCGUGAACUUCGGCGCGUUCGUCGACCUCGGGAACCGCUCCGUGAGCGCCUUCUCCAGGGUCGAGGUCAGAGCGGGCAAGGCGGGCGUCGUCGUCGCGGAUCUCGAAGGGAUCGAGCUUCAGAAGGAGUACGUGCUCCCGUGGGGCGCGUGCGAGACGCAGGUGUCCAUCGCCGUCGGGUGCGGGCUCGGCCCGCGGCCGAACCGCGUGGAUUUCAAGCCGCGGCCGUACCUGAACGUGGACUUCAGGCCGACGACGCGCGCGAUGAAGACGGCGGUUGUGGCGUCGUCGUUGGCGCGGGGGGAAUCGGUCAACGCGCGCCCGUCGUGGAAGGCGUCUAAAAGGGCGAGCGUCGAGUUUCCGGUGACGCUGACCGCGGAGCAGUCGACGAGAGUGGACGCGGUCACGGGGGAGACGACGCGGGGGAACGUGCUGCGCGCGCACGCGCACGGGGUCGUGGGGUGUUACAAGUUUCCGAACUUUGUCGUCGACGCCGGCGACGACGACGCGGAGGACGACGACGACGCGAACGGCGGCGGGAACGGCGGCGCUCGGGGGGCGAUGUUCAAGGACGGGAACGGCCCCGCUGUGAGCGUCGCCGCGGGGGGGAACGAGAAGAAGCGCGGCGGAGGGAUGUUCGGGAGAUGACGCGACGGCGACGUCGACGGCGACGUCUCGUAGAUCUCGCGUGGUGUACCGUGUCGCGUCGUAUCGCGCAAACGACGCCGCGGGUAACGAAAAAAAAAUGUCCCCG